CAGAUGGUUGCAUGCAGGGAAAGCAUCAAGACAUGCGUUCUCUCAGCCAUUUGCUGAGGUGAUCUGAAGAGUAUGCUGUUUUUAAUACGAGUGCAGGUGAGGACACCGAAAAAAAAAAAAGGCUUAAUAAGUUAGUGAAGGGAAGCAUUUAGGAAAUUACUAUUAUGAGCCCAGGACAAUUCAUCUAAUUGUUUAAUUGAUUUAAUUCUGAACUUUAAAUCUGUUAUUGUCAACAUGACACAGCAGAUUGGAACAGCGCGAUUGUUUACACAGCACUGGUAAACACCUGAAACCUGGCCAGUGGAGGUGGAGGUGGACUUACAGGAGCUGAGGUCCAUGCCUGUUUUUGCCAACUAGGUUUAACGGUCAUGUAUCAUUUCUAUAAUUUUUUUCAGCACAUAUAGGUUGAUGAUGCGCACAAACCUGUUGCUGAAGGACCAGAUAUAUGACUGGUGUAGGGACUGACUAACAGAAAACAAACAAACAUAUGAUUGGUCCAAAAGUUUUUUGUCACCUGUGGGCCUGCAGUUUCGAAUAGCAAAAAAUCGAAUAGCAAAUAAAUAAAAACACGACUUUUGCAGAGUAGACAAGUGGAUCAGAAUACUCUGAGGCGUUACACACCUGAUGGGAAGAAAUGUACAGAUAUAUGUAGCAAUCACGGAUACUCAAAGUGCCACACUGGAAACGGUCGGGCUAAUUACUCAAAAGAAGUAAAAGAGAUCACAGAUUACGAAGGCCAGCCACGUGCUUCCAACAUCGGACCAGGAUUACUUUGAAAGUGUCACCUUCCAAAUCCCGUUACAAUGAGAGGAAAAUGUCAUGGAAAUGAAGCCGAUCUUUAAUCCAAAAGCAAACCCUGUACUGAGGAAUGGGCAAAAAUUCCAUUUAAUACUCUUUAAAAAUACAUUUACACGUUCAAAUCCAACAAUAUGUUCACAAACAUGCGUUCAUAGAACAACGAACUGUUUCUAGUGUAAGGUGUUCAGGUGAGGGGAAAAAAAACUCCAUGAAAUGAACAAAAUAAAAAAUGUACGCAUUAUGUUUCGCAGUGUAAGUGUAAAUGUCUUGAGCUGUGAGGAAUAUUACGUCCAUUACUAGCAUUCGUGUGAUGUUCAAAAAUACCGUAACUACAAUACUACUAAAUUAAUAAUUAUGUACCUACUGACACUUUCAUUAUUUUUGACCGCGUAUCAGAAAACGCUGUUGUAAUAGGUGGAUAUUAAAUAUGAUCCUACUGAAUACCGGUUCUCAUAUGCCUUGAUUUAAAGUCGACACUCAAACCAGCGCGAACUGAAUAAAACAAAAUACAUAAUCAAUUAAAAACAAAUAACGCAUGAUAUUUUGCUACAAUUUCAGAUUCAUUCCAAACAAACCAUUCGUAUAAGCGAUAAUAAAUAUGUAUCAGACUUCUGAAGUUCUGGACUUCUGAAGUUUACUCAGUAGUCAUUCUGUAGUGCAACACAAUAUGGUAGAAAAGGUUUUGUUUUGUAAUCUGAAAAGUUCUCGAUUACUGAGCAUGUCACGCUCUUUAAUGAUGGACAUAUUUUCGUGGUGAUUGUUUCCCCCCCUAUUGCCUAUUGAGUAUUACAAAAGACAUAUUAUGUCAAAAUAAAGAUGCAAAGACUGUUUCCCAUCUAUGGGUUGAAAGACAUCAGGGUUAAGUACAUAGUAAGGGGACAUGGUUAAACAUUUACAAACGGGUUCGAUUUUGAAACACGGUCCAGUUGGCGUAGAUUAUUGUUUGGGAACAGGUUGAGUAUUUUCACCACUUACACUUCAGCAUUCACGAUGGCGUGGACGAGGUUCCCGUGUUGCCUCGCUCUCGUCUUUGUCUGUGUUAGUGCUGCCACGAUUGAGACCUUACACAAACUCGAUGAUCUAAAAAGCAAAACUUUUGGUCAUGAGUACCCACGCCACGGUCUUUUCCUGCUGCACUGGCUGGCCAACCACAUCUCCAUCAAUCACGCAGAAGACAUCCUGCUUCAUUUUAAUCCUGCACGACAGGACUAUGGCUUCCACGACUAUAAAAACACCAACAAUAGCAAUAACACCCUUCCGCACUUGGAGGACUCGGGUGACAGAGCGUACUACUCUUUGGGCAGGCUCAGCUCAGAGGCGGUCCGAACCAAGCUGCCUCCAUACGUCACACAAGACUACUACAACGCCUUCGAGGACCCCAAGAGAGACCUGGACCGCAUAGUCGUCAGAGUGCAAAGGAGCAACCCAAGCCAAGCAGACAAAGUGUACAUCACACAAGCAGUGAGCAAUGAGCAAGAGGUGGACUACGACUCAGAUGAAACCUAUGAGAUCAGUCCUAAACUCCUGAUGCAAGUACAAAUUCUCAAAAACCCUCUUGAUUUAAUACAAGCUCUGGAAUCACAUGUGACUGGCGCUCAAACCUCAGAUGAUCCUAGACUUGUCCUCUCCAAAGAGCAACUUCUCAACCACUUGAAAUAUUCUGACAAACGUCUUCAGACUAUUUAUGAAGACCCGAGUGUGAGGUGGGUUCUGUUUCUGGCUGGAUACGACAUAGAGAACAGGUACAGGAUCCAUAAGAAUACUUGGUCCUGCUCAAAUGAUGAGCCAACCCAGCAUGGCCAAACCUCCAGCGCUCCUGAGACACUGUGUGAAGGCCACAGUACAGUAAACAUCCAGGUGAAAUCCACAGAAGGUGGCUACGCAAGAAUCAUUUGGAGCGGUUUACCGAAAAACAUCUUGAAACAGAACACUACCCUUGUCCUGUUCAGUAGCGACGCGUCUAGUGACAUCGAGAGGUUCACAAACAUCGACGGCCAAACUUCGGGAACCUACGACACCUACCUGCCGCUGAAUCACGGAAUUCAUCCACGUCUGGUCACGUUCGGCUUCGCCUUCGAGUACGGUUUCGUCGGUCUCCGUUACGCAAUAAUUUGGAGAGGGCCACAGUUUGACGAGGCGAACAGAGCGAUUCCUACCGAAAUCACGGACUACAACGCAAGCCUUCAACUUUACACCAAAAAUGGCUACGCGUGUGCUCGGAUAUAUAUCGGAAAAUCCUUCACUUAUUGGGAAAAAGAGUUUGCCAACUCAUGGGUGUCUUUCUACAGCAGCUCUGAAGAUCCCGACAACAAAUACCAAUCCUAUCAGUGGGUCACAAAGUUCACGAAAGUUGACAACACUAAAGAAUAUCUCAUCUACGAGUACGAGUCAUCCAUGAGUAUCGGACCUGGAGUCCAAGCUCGCUUUCUGUUCUCCACUCAUUAUUUCUUCAGGAGGUUUAGUUCUACAACCGUCAAAGCUCACACUAUUCCUUGGGAGAGUGAAUAACUGAUUAGAACAGAGCAUAUAAUAUAUAAUACAUAAGAAAACCCUGUCUUGGAAACAAAUUAGCAUGUGAUGAAAAUGAUGUUUAGCUGUCAGGUUUCAUUCCAAUGAAAUGAACUGAUGCAGAAACAAUAAAAAUCAAUCAAUCAAUAAAUAAGAAAACAAAUUAUCACAAAAAUUAGUGCAACUGUGAUUGGGGCUGGUGAGGGGAUGAGUGUUUAUAGCUGCUAUAAUGCGAGUAAGAACAGGAUGCAACACUUUUCAUGGACAGUACACAUUAAACGUAACUAUAAAUGGAUAAAAAGUCAGAUUAAUCGGUUUUUAAUUAGAUACCAUAUGUUUGUCAAGCACAUAUUAAUAAAAAGUUAUUCCUAAAUUUGAAAUCCUAGUUUUUUUUACAUUUACACUUUCUUCACUUUGGCAAAUGCUUGAUGUCUACAAAGGCUUGUAGUCGAUAUUAGAACUGUUCUAAUGUGCGAAUAAAAUAAUUUAUAUGUC